AUGGACUCAAACCAAAAACUGCUCUCAUCGCCGCCGCCACCGAUGCCACCACCACCACCACCAAAAAAUGGUAACACCAAGGGCCACCCACCUCUCGUCUCCACAAAGCUGCAUGAUGAAGGAGAUGGAAGCGUCGUAGGAGUAGGUGAUAUGGAAGGUGCUGCUCUCCGCCGUGGAUCACCACGCGCAUCGCCCCACGAGCUCUCUGGAUCUGGCCACCAUGAGCUCUAUGGAUCUGACUGCCAUGAGCUCUCCGGAUCUGGCCGCCAUGAGCUCUCCAGAUUUGGCUUCCACGAGCUCUCCGGAUCUAGCUGCCAUGAGCUCUCUGGACCGGACCGCCAUGAGCUCUGUAGAUCUGGCUACCAGGAGCUCUCCAGAUCUGGCCGCCGCCUUGAGGGCAGAACUUCAUCGAGAUCUUUGGUGGGCUGUCCUAGUAGGGACAAGCCAACUGCUGAGCAACAUGGUUUGCCACGGCGGCACUCGCGUAUGGUGGCUAGGCUGGGAUUAGCUGGUCUUGGCACCACUGCUGCGGUGGACGACUGGCCUUACACUUGUGCCGAUUGCUCCAUGACCUUUGGUCGGGAGACAGCACUGUCUGGGCACAUGAGGUCGCACAAGCGUGACCACCUCUCCUCCGACUCUGAGGAGGAUGCACGCACACCGAAUAGGAGAAGGAAGAAGCGGAAGUCAAAGUUGAGGACCGUGACGCCGCUGGAGGCAACAUGGGGCAACCGCGCUCACCACAAUGGAACCCCUAGAGACGCCCCUGCUGAGGUAAAUGGUUUGGGAUCUGGGUCUAAUGUCAUUGUUCCCAACAUUGCGGCCACCAUGCCCGACAGCAAAGAGGUCAUAGAGAACAACCAUAGCAACGAUGAUAUUUCCGUGAUUGUCAUUGACAACGACGAUGAUGAUGCAAAUCCUGUCAUCGCCUUCGCGGGGUCUAAUGGAGCACCUGGCCAAGCUCCUGAUGCGGCGGUAGCUCUAGCCAUGGCACCAGCUCCUGCGGUGGCCAUGCCAACUCCUACGCCUGCACCUCAUGCUGCUGCAGCAUCUUUGAACACUGAAGGAGCUCCUGUUGUUACAUCAACAGUGGCCGUGACAAUUCCACCAGCUGUGGAUGGUCCUUACUGGCGGAUCCCAGCUGGCGCUCCCAGAAGCGCCAUCCUCGUGCUUCCUGCAUUAAUGGCGCCAGUGCACCAACCACCUCAAGGCACCAUGGCUAUGGCUGGCAAUCCUGUGACGGGUCAUUUCUCAGCUGCUAACACCUUCACUGGCUGGUCACUCAUUGGAACUACCAGCAGCAUCCUUCCAGCAACCCCCUUGCACAAUCAAGAGCAUAAUCCACAGGAACAGAUUGUAGCAGAGGCGCCCCACAACCACGGACACUGCAGCGUCAGUCCUUCAUUAUUCCCAUUCUCAAGGAGACAAGAGAUAGCAGUUGUGCCUGGCAAUGACAUUGCCAGCAGCUCCUCCACUCCUCGCCCUAGCAUUGCUGAGCCCUCCCAAUCUAUAGGGAUCAACAACUACUUGGCAACCAUUGAUGCCCCUGCCAAUACCAUGGGCCGCCGCUUGCCAUUCUUCCUAGCUGGCAGAAGCGACACCCAAGCACUUCCUGUGUCUUGGCCAGUGCACCACCGAACUCAAGGGAUGGCAAUGGAUGGCAAUCCUUUGAUUGGUCAUUUCCCAGCUGCCAUCUCUGCCACUGGCUGGUCAUUCCCGGUAACUACCAACAACGUCCUUCCUUGUAUUCCCUUGCAGAACCAAGAGUUCAACAACAAUGUUGCAGCCAUUGAUGCUCUUGCCAAUACUAUGCCCCGCUUGCCAUUCUUCCAAACUGGCAGAAGUGCCAUCCAUGCCCCUCCUGUGUCGAUGCCGGUGCACCAGCCAACUCAAGGGAUGGCGGCUAUGGCUGGCAAUCCCGUGACUGGUCAUUUCCUAGCUGCUAUGGCUAGCGAUUGGUUCUCAUUCCCUGCAACUACCAGCAGCGUCCUUCCUGCAAUUCCCUUGCAGACUCAAGAGGAGAAUCCACCUCAAGGGAGAGUGGUGCCUACGAAUGAACUGGCAGGCCCCUCACAGAAUCAAGCGGAGAAUCCACCAGAGCAGACAGUGCCUAGCAACAACGAAGGUCGCACCAUUCGUCUCUUUGGCACCAACAUCGCUGAAGGUCAGAAAGAAGUCAAAGAUUAA